GCAGACGAAGGGCAGGCGGCACACACUGCACCAACGUGUGCGCUCUGGCCGCGAAAUGGCACCUAAGGGGUUAAUUUUCGCACUGCUCGCCGCCGCGACCUCCGAUUUCGAAAGGUCGUCGCUGUCGUCGUCAGCAAGUAGUGACAAGCAGAAGGCAGUUUCGACGUUCUUAGCGGACGCCGCGUGGCGCAGGAGGAUGGCCGGAGUGGCUGUGGGCGUCGCGGGGGCCCUAUUGACCCUAGCAGUCGUGUUUCUGCUCGGUUUGUCUGGCUCCCGAGGAGGCAGCGAGACGAGAAACGAAGCUCUGGCUCUGAACAAGGAGCUGGAGUUUGCAGCGAUCCAGGCAGUCCUCCGUCACCUUGACGACAACCACGACGGCUCCGUCGACCUGCAAGAGUCUGAGGAGGUAUGUUUUAGUUGCUUAGCAACCCGUCUCCGCCAGCGUCUGUUU